UGACACUCAUGUUAAUAUUAAAAAAUAUUUAAUCAUAAUUCGGAGCAAGAAAAAUAAACUCUCAAAACAUAAUAAAAUCAAGGAUUAAAUCUGUAUAGAUAAAAAUGUCUUUAGCAGACGAAUUGCUGGCAGAUUUAGAGGAAAAUGAUGACGGAGAUCUUGAAGCUAUUUAUGAAAACCAGAUAAGUAAUAGUGAUUCUCAUGAAUUCACUGCACCUUUUCCAGUUAUACCAAAAGAAGAAGAAAUCAAAAAUGUAUCUAUCAGGGAGUUAGCUAAGCUCAGAGAUUCAGAACGCUUAAAAAGGGUUAUAACUGAAAUCGAGCAAAAUGUUGGUAAUGAUAGAAAGAAAAUUGAAGUGACUGGAUUGAUGGAAUCAGAUCCUGAAUAUCAGUUGAUUGUUGAAGCUAAUAACAUAGCUGUUGAAAUUGAUGGAGAAAUAGCUAUUAUUCACAGAUUUGUUCGGGAUAAAUACCAAAAAAGGUUCCCAGAACUGGAGUCGUUGAUAAUAACACCAUUGGAAUAUAUACGCACUGUGAAAGAACUGGGCAAUGAUUUGGAUAGAGCUAAGAAUAAUGAAACACUGCAAAGUUUUUUAACUCAAGCUACUAUUAUGAUUGUGUCUGUCACCGCAUCUACAACACAGGGAAAACUGCUGUCGGACAAUGAACUGCACGAGAUCUUCGAAGCAUGUGACAUGGCGUCAGAAUUGAACAACUUCAAAUCUAAUAUUUACGAAUAUGUCGAGAGCAGAAUGACAUUUAUAGCUCCAAAUAUAACAGCUAUUGUGGGUGCAUCAACUGCAGCGAAGAUCCUUGGUGUGGCGGGUGGUCUCUCAAAACUAUCAAAGAUGCCGGCAUGCAAUGUGUUACCUCUAGGACAGCAGAAGAAGACACUGUCAGGAUUCUCUCAAGCAGCAUCACUGCCUCAUACUGGAUUUUUAUAUUUCUCACAAAUCGUACAAGAUACAUCUCCGGAAUUGCGAUACAAAGCUGCCAAGCUCGUAUCAACUAAACUGACAUUGGCCGCCCGAGUUGACGCGUGUCACGAAAGUGCAGACGGAAGUAUAGGACGAUAUCUUCGAGAGGGCAUUGAGAAGAAAUUGGACAAACUGCAGGAGCCGCCGCCAGUGAAGUUUGUGAAGCCUUUGCCGAAGCCAAUCGAGCAGAGUCGCAAGAAGCGCGGCGGGAAGCGCGUGCGCAAGAUGAAGGAGCGCUACGCCAUGACGGAGUUCCGGAAAAACGCCAACCGACUCAACUUCGCAGACAUCGAAGACGACGCCUACCAAGAAGACUUGGGCUACACGCGCGGUACGAUCGGCAAAUCGGGGACCGGACGCGUUCGUCUACCGCAGAUUGAUGAGAAGACCAAAGUUCGAAUCAGUAAAACAUUGCAGAAAAACCUCCAAAAGCAGAACCAGCAAUAUGGCGGAGCCACCAGUAUACGGAGACAGGUUUCUGGUACCGCGUCCUCGGUCGCCUUCACGCCUUUGCAGGGUCUCGAAAUCGUCAACCCACAAGCAGCUGAAACGCGAAUCAAUGAAGCAAAUGCUAAGUACUUCUCUAAUACAUCUGGUUUCUUAUCAGUGGGAAAGGAAACGACAUAACUACAUUCCACGACGAAAGUCACUCAAAAAUGUCUCGUAAGUUAGCAACGCGAAAAGAAUUCAGCGUACUAUUGCGUCACUGCUUAAGUGAAUAAUGAAAAUGCAAUGUUACGGUCAUAGCCCCUUGUGAUUGUGUGUUUUGUGAAUGAAAUAAAAACUUUUAAUAGAUU